CCUUGGAGCAGCCGUGAAACAGAAAACAAGCCAUUUAUGUAGGUUUUAAAUGAGAAAUGAAUGGUUUUGAACAAGAAUGGUAGAUUGUAUAUUCCUGUGACAACAACGCGGAACCAAAGGAAUCUGAGAUAACACUGCAGGAUCAUGCAGGCGUCCUUGAGGAGGCUGACUCCCAUUCCUCUGUGUGCGGUCCAGCCUCGUCGCAGCAGGGCUGCUCUGUGGAGCUCGGCACUCCGCUUCCUGUCCCCCAGCAUCCGCACCCUGUUCAGUGAGUCGGGCGUUUGGGAAAAGGACUAUCGAACCGAGACCAGGCGCAAAGUUGAAGAAUGGUGGCACACGCGGAUUAUGGAGCAGUGGCGGAAGGAUGCGCUGAACACAUAUUCCGUCAGGAAGAAGUUUUAUGUCCUCUCUAUGUUUCCGUACCCAUCGGGGCGCCUUCACAUGGGGCAUGUGCGAGUGUACACCAUCAGCGACACCAUUGGUCACUUCCAGAGAAUGAGAGGCCAUCAGGUGCUAAAUCCGAUGGGUUGGGACGCUUUUGGGCUUCCUGCCGAGAACGCAGCCAUAGAGCGAGGCCUCGAUCCCGAAGAAUGGACAAAAAGUAACAUCAAGUCCAUGAGGGAGCAGCUGGAUAGCCUUGGGCUCUGCUUCAACUGGGACAGAGAAAUCACCACUUGUCUCCCAGACUACUACAAGUGGACACAGUAUCUGUUCAUCAAGCUCUUUGAAGCUGGACUGGCAUAUCAAAAAGAGGCUGUGGUGAACUGGGACCCCGUUGAUCAGACGGUGCUGGCAGACGAGCAGGUGGAUGAAAGUGGUCGAUCCUGGAGGUCUGGCGCUCUGGUAGAGCAGAAGCUACUGACACAGUGGUUCAUCAAGACUACAAACUAUGCUAAGCCUCUCCUGGAUGCUCUGGAAGACCUUCCUGAGUGGUACGGGGUUAAAGCCAUGCAGGCAAACUGGAUUGGAGAAUGCACUGGAUGCUACUUUGAUUUUAAACUCAAGGUCAACGGUAAGGAGACAGGCGAGUCUCUGUCAGCUUACUGCUCUGCCCCAGAGAUGGUGUAUGGAGCAGCUUACCUGGCCAUCCUUCCCUCCCACAGACUGCUGCAUGGCAGCAGCUCAGUCUGCUCCCUCCUACAACAAGCGUUACGGCCAGGACGAGACUGCCUAACAGAGGUCACUGCUCUCAACCUGUUCACCGGCCAGGAGGUUCCUGUGGUGAUCUCCCACAAGGAGGCGUUCAAAGACUAUCUGGACACUGUGAUCGGGAUUCCAGAUGUGAGUGAGGAAGACUUGUCUGUGGCCAGAGGACUGUAUCUGAGUUGGACCACGGUGCUGAAAACCCACAAAGACGGAACACAAACUCUGAUUAACUCUGGGGAGUUCUCAGACUUCACCAGGGAGCUGGCGUUGCGGUCCAUUACCCAGAAGGCCAGAGAGCAGGGAGUCGGGGGCCAUCUUACCAGCUCCAAGCUCAGAGACUGGCUGAUAUCCAGACAGCGUUACUGGGGCACGCCCAUCCCCGUGGUGCACUGUGACUCUUGCGGUGCCGUCACUGUCCCUGAGGAGGAGUUGCCGGUUACUCUGCCAAAGACGGAGGCUCUCACAGGAAAAGGGGCGUCGCCUUUGGGAGCUGUUCAUGAUUGGGUCAACUGCAAGUGUCCCAGAUGCAAGGGCCCUGCCAGGCGGGAGACUGACACCAUGGACACGUUUGUGGAUUCGGCCUGGUAUUAUUUCAGAUACACAGACCCUCGCAACAGGGAGAGACCUUUUGAGCGUCAAUUCGCCGAUCACUGGCUUCCAGUGGACGUGUACAUCGGUGGGAAGGAGCACGCCGUUAUGCACCUGUAUUACGCCCGCUUCCUCUGCCAUUUCUGCAAGGAUCAAGGCCUUGUGACUCACAGGGAGCCGUUUUCAAAACUUUUGGUUCAAGGUCUGAUCAAAGGUCAGACAUUUAAACUGGCAGGCAGUGGGCAGUAUUUGAAGAAAGAGGAAAUCGAGUUCACAGGGAAGGGGCCGGUGGCUCUGAGCGGCGGCGGAGUCGAGGUGACCUUUGAGAAGAUGAGCAAGUCAAAACACAACGGGCUGGACCCUCAGGAGGUGGUGGAGAAGUACGGCGUGGACACCGUCCGUCUCUACAUCCUUUACGCUGCUCCUCCCGAACAAGACAUCCUCUGGAACGUCAAGACUGAUGCACUUCCAGGGGUUCUGCGCUGGCAGACUCGACUCUGGCAGCUUGUGACAAAGCUGAGAGGAGCUCGAGAACUCGGCGAUGUCCCGAACCCCUCGCUGCUGAAAAAGAAAGAGCUUGGAGAGGUCAAGAAGAUCUGGGGGAACAAGAACUAUGCAGUUCAAGAGGUGACAGCUCACUUCACUAAAGACUUUCUGUUCAACGCAGCCCUCUCUCGUCUAAUGGGCCUCACCAACACGUUGAGUAGUGCGACAGUUCGAGUCCUACAGCACAGUGUGGAGUUUGAGGAAGCUCUGGCUGCCCUUGUUAUAAUGACGGCACCCAUGGCUCCUCACUUGGCCUCUGAGCUUUGGGCAGGUCUUUGCACAGUGACAAACCCCCAGAGCCCCUUGCUGCUGCGGGGAGGCGAUGUCUUGCAGCAGCCCUGGCCAAACGUGGACCCCGAGUAUUUGGAGGUCCCUGAAUUUGUGGAGCUGUCUGUACUGAUAAACAACAAGCCCUGUGGCAAGAUGACGAUCCCUCUGCAGGUGUCCAAAGAUCCCAGCCGGGUCCAGCAGCUGGUGAUGGAGAGCCCCAUUGGACAGAAGCAUCUGAGUGAGCGUGACAUCAAGAAAGCCAUCCUCUCUCCCAGGACUCCCCUCAUCAACUUCCUGGUUAAUGAAUGAUGUAUGGGUGUUUACCAGAUUGUGUGCAGCACCUGGCGGGCAGUGCCGUCCUGCUGCACGCACAGACAGACAGACAAAUAAGGUAGAUAUUUUGAUAUCAUAUGAGAGAAGGUAUGUUGGUCUGUUAAAAUCUCAAUGUAAAUAUCCUCUAAGAACAUUUUAUUUAUAUUUUGCAGUUUUUAAUAAAACAUUCAACAAGAGGAGUGUGGGUAAUGUUUGCAAACCUGACCAGGGUAGGUUCAGAAGCCUUCAGUUUUACUCAACCUGUUGAUAAAUUAUGAAGCCAAGUGUCAAGCUCGGAUGACCUUCACACACUCAUCGAAUGUAUGACGUCUUCUGUGCCACCAUUUCACAUUUCUCUGUUUGGACUGCUUCUCGGCCAAGUUCAGAUAUCCCUUAUCAGUGCUGAAAAGCUAUUCUGAGCAACACAGAGUGCACAUCUAGAGACUGACAUUUUUGCACACCCUCCUUUUCCGUCUGACUGUCUUUGCAAAAUAGCUUAAAGACAGUCAGACAGAUUGGAAGGUGCCUGUGAACAGUUAUUUUCAAGAUUUCCGAGAGAAAGCUUGAAAAUUUUGCAGCCUCUACAGGUUUUUCUUUCAUGAUUGUUCUAGAUUUAACUCCAUCCAUCAACUUUGAGCAACCUCCCUGCUCUUUCCAUUAAAAAACAAUAAUGAUCACAAUAGUUUGAUACUGCUCUCAGCACCAUGUUUCAUUUUGGGAAUGUCUUUCUUCUUGCUACUCUCCUGUAAUGGCCAGGUUUGUGGAGCGCACAACCUACAGCUGUUGUUAGCUGUGAACCUUCACCAAAUUCGAUGGGUUUAUGCUGAGACUAAAUUAAAACAAGUGGCUUCUGCUAAUUACCUGUGAUAAAUUUUAUUUAGGGGAGUCAGAAGGACAGACACAGAUGGGAAUACACUUUUCUGAUAAUUCGUUUGGAAAUAAAAAUGUCAGAUAUGAAAAGAUUGUUCAUCUAAUUAUUCUCAUUAGACAUUGUUGCUCUGCACAAUUUUGAGUUCAUUUCUGGAAAAAAAAAGUUCAAUGUGGCUGAAUAUUCUUGUACGUAAGCUGCUGUUUGGGUUUUAAGAAGCCCUGUCGGGUUCAGCCUGCCGUCAAAAGGUGAGUGGGAUUUAACUAAUGUGGUUGGUGUGGGGUGGGGUGGGGUGGAUCUGUUUUUACUCUGCCAUCACCUCUUGAUUAUCCAUAGCUGCUCAGUGCCCCAUCACCAGCGGCGCCUGUUCAUUAGCUCUGUGUCUGUGUGGCAGUGGGCCACCAUGACUUGGCCAUUAGUGUUGCACUCAACGAGCAAACAAGCCGGAGGCGAUGAAAUCUAUCUGCGUGCCCACCCACUGGCCUAUCUUUAAAGCCCGUGUGAGUAAGCAGUCAUCUGAUAUAUGCAAGCGUCUGUCUUUCACAACCUUGCAGUACCCACAAGAUUUUUUUUUGUAGGUGUGUGUUGAAAAUUUGCAUCCCACACAAGAAUUUUCUAAUAUCAGCACUUUAACAACGGCAUCAUCUCAAAAUACGCCUCUGUGCCAUUUUGCAAACUGCAUUUGCCCAAGACAAACUGCAGAGAGAGAGUAAAGCAGAACAUUCCUUUAGACUCUUUUCAUAUUUCUGUGAUUUAUGACCCGCCAUCAGGUGACAGGAAGCGCUUUCAGGACGGACAGAAUAACAGGAAGAAAGGCCAGGAAUAAGAGAACCAGAGCCAAACCUGUUUUAGCUAUUCUCCCUGUUAAAUAUGCACACCUAAGCUCAGCCAAACGCUGUCACAGCACAAAAUGGAAAGUCCAAGGAUAGAGGCUCUUUAUCUUCUGUCACUUCAGAUUUUUGUUUUCUUUCAACUUCCCCAAAUGAUUGUAUGGAAUAAAAAUAGUGCACACACAAUCUUCUUUUUUAAACUAACAUCUAAUUUAUUUUUGAGUCAUUGUUGCAACUCAUAUACUAAUGCAGCACUUUAUCAGUCGAAUUAGUUUAUGCGACUUUAUUUUGGAUUAGUUUAGAGCUGCCAGAAAAUCCAAAACUACAAAUUAAGAUUGAACAUAUUUCUUAUUUGAAGAAAUAAGGCCUAAGCUGCAGUGAUGCAUUUCCUCUGACAGUUAAUUUUGUCACCGUCGGCCUCCGCCAUACCAUCAAACAUUUUUUGUCAGCUCUGCAGUUUCCAUGACAACUUUGAACAGGGAAGUGCUGCCAGUGACUCACUUUGUCUUCAAACCCCAGCCGUAGCCUUGUGCACCAUGAGUUAUCUUUAGUGCGUUAAAGUAAAUCGCUUCUUUUCCUCUUGAGAAACUCUAAAAGACAAAGAGAAAAAAAAAGGGUGGGGCGUGCAGCAGUGCAGUCCCAGUCACCCUUCACUGCGCCAGUUUAGUUUCUGGACUGGGUUAUGCAUUCCCACAGGAGGGCACAGUAAUGCUGGAGCUCAUUAUGUGAGAGGCUGACCACAAGGAGGUUUGAUCCUCUGAGGAUGUUCCUGACGUCAUUUGACUGUCUAAGCAAAUUGCAGCAAUUCCCUUAGCUGUGUUUAGGAUAAAGUUAAGUAAAUACAAACUGAGUAGAUGCAAAAUUGUCAAAUUCUAAAGCAACAAUAUCCCACGUGUUGUCCAGAAAUGUCCAUAUGUCAUAUGUCCUGUUUUGCACUGGAAUCUAAAUUUGUACAGGACAUGUAGUUUUUUUUGUGUUUUUUUUUAUAUUUAUUUAUUUUUGACAGCAUUCUCAAGUCUUCAGUACCAAAACUGUGUGACUGUAUCUUGGAAUAUGGUGGCUUUUAAAAGUGUACACACCCCUGUUAAAUUACAAUAUCUUCAGGAUGCAAAGAAUGAAACCACAACAAUGUUUUGACACAGAUACAACUGUACAAUUAAACUAACAAAUCAGUUUCAAAACAAAUAAAUCAUCUCCCGUCAGUGUGCAUGAUUUUUAUAUUAUGCUGUGGAUGUUUUUUUUUUCCUGAUACUGAUACUUCAAACUAUUUAAACUGUUUUAUUCUUUUGUAAUCCAUCUGCAAAUCAUGACUAUUGACAACUGGAUGAAUAUUGCUUCUUUCUAAUGUUUCUGCUGCAAAAUUCUCCUGAGCAGGACAAUUAGGAUGCACUAUCUGUCUGAAUUACCUUCUCUCUUUUUUUGGGGGAGAUAAAUAUACAUGUAAGAGUUUAUUUGUGUAGUCUGAGAAAUCUACAGUUAAAUUUCAGAACAAGUGCAACAGUUGUCGUUUUAAGUGGUUUCUUUUCGUUUUCUCGUUUGUGCAUAUUUAUGUUUCACAUAAAAUAUUCAGUUUACAAUAAAUAGCUAGACGCAUCCAGUGUUUGUGAAAGCACAAUU